GUGAACAAGACCCACUGGUGUAUGCGUGUGCCCGUGUGAGUGCGUGUGCGUGCAUGCGUGUGUGUGCGGAGAGAGAGAGAGAGAGAGACAUAGGCUGAGCCCCCAACACGGAGCAUGCCUCUGCGUCCGGCAGCCGGCAAACAUGAGCCACCCAGCUCUCCACGGCAGGACCAGCAGCAGCAGCGCACACACACACACUCACGCACGCACACGCACCCUUACACACACGCAGCGAACGGCAGCCAGGGGGCCAGCACUGACAGCAGCAGCUCCCGGGAAGAGGAGAGCAGCGUCCCCGUUCCUCGCGCUGUUCCGGCUUUCGGUCCCGGUGGAGAGCACAGCAACAGUGCAGGAGCACCCAUGGAGGAGCCAACAGGCAACACUGUGGUCAUCCGCAUUGGAAUCCCAGACCUACAACAGACGAAAUGUUUGAAAUUCAACGUGGAUGCACCAAUCUGGCUGUCCAAGCAACGAAUCCUCUGUACCCUCAACCAGAGCCUGAAGGAUGUGCUCAACUAUGGCCUAUUCCAGCCGGCUUACAAUGGCAAGGCUGGCAAGUUUCUGGAUGAGGAGAGACAGCUGAGGGAAUACCCUUUCCCAUCCAUUGCUCCUGUACCAUACCUAGAGUUCCGCUAUAAAAGACGUGUCUACACACAGACCUACAUAGAUGAAAAGCAGUUGUCCAAGCUUCACACUAAGGCAAACUUGAAGAAGUUUAUGGAGUAUGUGCAGCAGAGAAACAUUGAAAAGGUCUCACGGUUUUUGGAAAAAGGCCUGGAUCCUAACUUCCAUGAUCCAGACACAGGAGAAUGCCCACUAACGCUGGCAGCACAGUUGGAGGGAUGUGCCGAGCUCAUCAAAGUGCUUAAAAAUGGAGGGGCACAUCUGGACUUCCGAACAAAGGAUGGCAUUACUGCCUUGCACAAGGCUGUGCGCAGCAAGAACCACACAGCACUUAUAACACUGUUGGACUUGGGUGCUUCUCCUGACUAUAAAGACAGCAGGGGUCUUACUCCUCUCUACCACAGUGCAAUGGUCGGAGGAGACCCAUACUGCUGUGAACUGCUGCUGCAUGACCACGCACAGGUCGGCUGUGAGGAUGAGAACGGCUGGCAGGAAAUACACCAGGCGUGCCGCUAUGGCCACGUGCAGCACUUGGAACAUCUGCUGUUCUACGGAGCUGACAUGAGUGCCCAGAAUGCAUCUGGAAACACUGCCCUACAUGUGUGUGCUCUCUACAAUCAGGAUAGCUGUGCACGUGUCUUGCUUUUCCGAGGAGCCAAUAAAGAGAUAAAGAACUACAAUAGCCAGACUGCUUUUCAGGUGGCUAUUAUAGCAGGAAACUUUGAUCUUGCAGAAAUCAUUAAGGUCCACAAAGCAUCAGAUGUCGUGCCUUUCAGGGAGACCCCCUCCUACACCAACCGUCGACGUGCUAUGGCUGGCACUCUUCCCUCACCACGUUCCUUGCUGCGCUCGGCAAGUGACAACAACCUUAACGGUGACCAUGAUCAUAUCCACCCUCCGCGCCCUCGAGAAUCCCGYGGCCGCCCUGGUCACUCCCCUGUUCCCUCACUGCGCAGUCUCCCAGCUUUUGGGCAACAGCACAGCAGCCUUGGAGAAGGUCGUCAUGGGGAGAUCCCUGACAGCAGUCUUCAGAGUACCGGCAGCUCCAGAUCCUCCCAUUCCCGCUCACCAUCAUUACAUCACAUGCAUGAAGAGGACAGGCCGGUCCCAAGACGUUCCCACAGCCAUGGCUACCCUCAUGGACAUGGUCCUCGUGGGAGACUCAGCCCUGGCUCAGUGCAGCGAGACCCAAGCCCACCUCAUCACACACCCCCUGCACUGACAGGCCCUCGUGGGCCCAAACGGAAACUCUACAGUGCUGUCCCAGGACGUACCUUCAUUGUGGUCAAGCCCUACACCCCACAAGGGGAAGGAGAGAUCCAGCUCAAUCGUGGAGAACGGGUAAAAGACUUUGACUGUAAUGACGUAGAAGUUUUACUAGAGGACCAUGUCUACGAUGAGAUCAGACUGGUAAAAAGUGACUGCCUGGACUCCGACGCUCACGCCUCAUGCAUUGAAGACGUUGAUGAUUACACUGACUUUACCAAUAACCAUGAAGUACUAAGUAUAGGUGAAGGAGGUUUCUGGGAAGGCACUGUCAAAGGAAGAACUGGCUGGUUCCCGGCAGACUGUGUGGAAGAAGUUCAAAUGAGACAGUAUGACCCAAGGCUUGAGACCCGGGAGGACCGCAAUAAGAGACUGUUCAGACACUACACUGUGGGAUCUUAUGACAACUUCACCUCAUACAGUGAUUACAUCGUGGAAGAGAAGAAUGCUGUUUUACAGAAGAAAGAAAAUGAGGGGUUUGGUUUUGUCCUGCGUGGAGCCAAAGCCGAAACUCCUAUUGAAGAGUUCACUCCCACCCCAGCAUUCCCUGCCCUGCAGUACUUGGAGUCAGUGGACGUGGAGGGGGUGGCCUGGAGGGCUGGUCUCAGGACGGGGGACUUUCUCAUUGAGGUGAACGGGGUGAAUGUUGUGAAGGUGGGCCACAAGCAGGUGGUGUCUUUAAUCCGCCAAGGGGGGAGCCGACUCCUAAUGAAAGUUGUUUCUGUCACACGCAAGCCAGAGUCGGAAGAAAUUGUUCGAAAGAAAGCUCCCCCUCCACCCAAGAGAGCUCCAAGCACCACCCUGACGCUGCGCUCCAAGUCCAUGACRGCUGAGCUGGAGGAACUGGCAUCUGCUCGGAGAAGACGAGGAGAAAGACUAGAUGAGAUGUUGGCAUCGCAGGAAUCUAUGUUGCAUUCUCAGCCCCCGGAGGCAGAUUACAGAGCAGCCACUGUCAAACAACGGCCUACCAGCAGGAGAAUAACACCAGCAGAGAUCAGUUCGCUGUUUGAGAGACAAGGGAUGACGCUACAUGGAGGUCUGCACCCGGGUAUCGAGAGAGGUCACAUACCAUUCCCUAAAGGCAUGUCCAGGACCAAGUCUUUUGGUGCCACAGAAGAGGAUAGACUGUCUGCACUUGCAGGCGAGCACAGAUUUCCACGUAGUUCCUCUAUGACAGAUAGCCUCCGAGACCACUCACAACCCCAUCCUAUCCCUCCACCUCCUCAGACGGCACCUCCUCCACCUCCUUACUACUUAGACACGGGUCCUCCUCCAGCUUUUUGCCCUCCUCCUCCCCCGUCUCGGACCCAAAGUCAAGGCCAUGAGCCUGGAGGCCGAUCCAGCUUCAAGCCAUCCUCCUUGGACCUGCCUUACGAAGCCGCUCAGCGGCAAGCCACACACAUCGAGAGACAGAAGAAAGCUCGCUCAAUGAUCAUCCUACAGGACUCCUCCCAUCUACCUGUAGAGCCUACUGAAAUUCCCCGUCCCUCUGCUGCUACUCCACCAGAGCGAAUCAAAAGAAAGGGGAGGGUAAUUGACAACCCUUACGCAAAUGUGGGUCAGUUCAGCAUUGGACUAUUCACACCCACAAAGCCCCAAAGAAAAAAAAGUCCUUUGGUGAAACAGCUACAGGUAGAAGAUGCACAAGAAAAGGCUAGUCUAGCCUUAGCUGCUGCCCACUCACGAGAGAGCUCACCCUCAGGACGACACCCACAUGGGCACACGCACACCAGCCGUGUCGACUACUACCAGCAGCAGCUCAUGGCUGAACGAGAGCGAUUGCGAGCCCAAGGAGAGAUGRUGUUUCAGGGUAAAGGCCCAUUUGCUGCUGCUAUUGCUGGAGCAGUAAAAGAUCGUGAACGUCGCCUUGAAGAGCGGAGGAAAUCCACUGUCUUCCUUUCUGUUGGGACCAUGGAAGGGUCGCCUACAACAAGCCCUGACUCCCCCUCUUUGACUCAGUCUCACUCCAUCGAUGAACGGCUGUUAACUCGAGAGCUUGGACAGCUUCCUCCCCCUGCCUUGGCUCUGAGCCCCUCACCUAGUGGGACCACCUUUAUCCAUCCACUCACAGGAAAGCCUCUGGACCCAAAUUCACCACUAGCUCUUGCGCUGGCCGCAAGGGAGAGAGCACUGACCUCUCAGAGUCAGUCCCCAACUGGCAGCCCAGAGCCUCGGACUAAACAAGAGCGAGUAGGCCAGGUUGUAAUGUUCUCUGACACUCAGACCAAAGAGUCUCCACACGGGGAUGGAGUAACUGCAUCRCCCCCUUUUUCACCUAAAAGCGCCAAGGCAGCGGGGUAUGGCACAUCAUCCUCCCCGGCCAAUAUUUUGGCUCCUCAACCCAUCAAAUCACAGUGGACUACAUCAUCAUCACCUAUAUCAUUCCGUCAAGAGAUGGAAGCUAGAAUUGAGGAGAGGAAGGAGGAAAAGAGACUAGAGGAUAAAAAAAGCAUGUUGAUCAGCAUUAUGGAUACAUCACAGCAGAAAACAGCUGGGCUGAUCAUGGUUCAUGCGACCAGCAAUGGUCAGGCUGUUGGGGUGGGGUCAGGGAUAGAACAGAAACCUGUGCCUGCAACCAUAGAGCCCAGCAAAUCACAGAGUCCACGGGCUAAAUCCCCCAUUCCCACAGCUGCCCAGCCCCAAACUCAACUCCAGGUUCAGCCUCAAACUCAGCGUCCUGCCAGUCCCACCCAAGAGAAGAGCCUGGCUCAGGGAAGCUCAGAAGAGGAUGUGGAUGCCUACACGGUCACCUUACCACCGGCUAUGUUAUCUUCCAGCGAUGAGGAAACAAGAGAGGAGCUACGUAAGAUUGGGGUAGUUCCUCCACCAGAUGAGUUUGCAAAUGGGUUGCUGGCCCAGGCACAGGGGAUACCAGUGUCAUCCGCUAAAGCUGCUCUGUCUCCUGCUACACCAGCCACACCAACACCCCAAACUCCCUUAACCCCAACAACCCCAACUGUGACAACCACCCAGCCUCAGCCUCCUCAGCCACCACCUCCACCCAGUGCAGCAGCUGUCUCAGGGAAAACUUCUGACCCUCUGGAGCCCCCACCAGUGGGCGAGGCUGGUUCUGCAGCUGACUCAGGUGUGGAGGAGGCUGACACGCGCAGCUCCAGUGACAGAGAGAGAGACCAUCAUCUUGAGACCACCAGCACCGUCUCUACAGUUUCCAGCAUGUCUACAUUGUCCUCAGAAAGUGGCGAGCCUGCUGACACGCACACCACGCACACCUCCUAUGCUGACGGGCAGACUUUUGUUCUUGACAAGCCGCCAGUGCCUCCUAAGCCUCGACUCAAAUCCCAGAUAGGAGGCAGUAAAGGCCCCGUCACCUUCAGGGACCCUUUGCUGAAGCAGAGCUCUGAUAGUGAGCUGCUGUCCCAGCAACAGGCUGCUGCACUUGCUGCUGCAGCAGCUGGUGGAACUGGGCUUCCUGCAGGUGGUUCCGCCUCAGUUACUGGUCUAGCUCCGACCAAGCCACGCUAUCUCUUCCAACGGAGGUCCAAGUURUGGGGGGAUCUGGUAGAACCUCGAGGACCGGGGGUAGGGCUAGGGAUUGGGAGUUUGGGCAAUCUUGGUGGGCUAGGACUUGGGCUAGGUGCAGAUGAGAGCACAAAACCAUCAGUUAUGGGAGAGCUCAGUUCACGUCUACAGCAGUUAAGUAAAGACACUAGGUCACUGGGUGAGGAGCCGCUGGGAGCCUCUCUUGACCCUGGGAGAAAGUCACCUGUGGCAGGUGCAAGACUUUUUAGCAGCCUAGGCGAGCUCCACACCCUUUCCCAGAGAAGUUAUGGAACCACAUACACCAUCCGCCCCGGCAGCCGCUAUCCCGUCACCAGACGCGCGCCCAGCCCCGGCUCAGGCUCACCUGAUCGGGGUGACCCCCUUGGACGAUUCUCAGGCUUCGGCCUGCCAACCUCACCAACUACACCGCCGCAAACCAUCCUCAAGUCCUCUAGUCUCAGCUUACCCCAGGAGCCUAAAGAGGUGCGCUUUGUGAUGAGGAGCUCCAGCGCACGUUCUCGCUCUCGCUCUCCGUCACCUUCCCAUUCCCCUGGCUUAGGCUCACCGCUUUUAGCCCUCCGACCCUUUCACCAAAAGCCCCUCCACCUGUGGAACAAGUACGAUGUUGGAGACUGGCUCGAGAGCAUCAACUUGGGAGAGCACAGAGCGGGGUUUCAGGAACACGAGAUCGAAGGCUCUCACCUCCCGGCUCUAACCAAGGAGGACUUUGCGGAGCUGGGAGUGACACGGGUCGGACACCGUAUGAACAUUGAGCGAGCGCUGAAACUGCUGCUGGAGAGCUGACCCUCGCCCUGAAAAAGAGCAACAGGAUAAGAAAGACACAAAGCCUGAAUUAGAUGAAAAUAAGGAAUCCACUGAAUACACUCCUCUGUUACUCCA